AAAUGCCUAUUAAUUUCAGGUCUCCAAAGGUGUAAUGACCUGUGUGUCUCAGGAAGUGAAAGAUCUUUACCAUCUUUUAGAGCAUGAUUUUUUUCCUUUAGAUCUUGCUUCAAAAGUGCAACCUCUGUUGACAAAGAUCUCCAAGCUUGGGGGUAAGCUUGCUUCAGCUUCUGCUGUUCCCGAAGUGCAACUUUCACAGUAUGUUCCUGCCCUGGAAAAGCUUGCUACCUUGAGAUUGCUACAACAGGCAUCCCAGGUUUAUGAGACAAUGAAGACUGAAGUGCUCUCCAGGAUGAUAACUUUUUUUGACUUCACUGUUGUGGAGAAGGUUUCUGUGGAUGCAGUGAAAUAUAACUUUGUCGCCAUGAAAAUUGACCACAGGAAGGGUGCUGUCGUAUUUGGUAAUUUGGACCUUGAAUCUAAUUCGCUUCGUGAUCACCUUACUAUUCUUGCCGAGUCUCUGAAUAAAGCAAGGGCCAUGGCUUAUCCUCCAGUAAAGAGAGCAUCAAAACUUGCGGAAACUUUGCCUGCUCUGGCAGAGGUUGUGGAUAAGGAACACAAGAGACUUCUUGCCCGGAAAUCGAUAAUUGAGAAGAGGAAGGAGGAACAGGAACGACAAAUGCUGGAAAUGGAACGUGAGGAGGAGUCAAAGCGAGUAAAGUUACAGAAAAUAACCGAGGAGGCUGAACAGAAGAGACUUGCUACUGAGUAUUCCCGAAGAGAGGAACAAAGGAUUCGUAGGGAAAUAGAAGAGAGAGAACUUGAAGAAGCCCAAGCUUUACUUCAGGAAGCAGAGAAACGUGGUAAAAAGAAAGGAAAGAAGCCUGUCAUAGAGGGAGAAAAAGUGACCAAACAAACUUUGAUUGAAUUGGCUUUGAGUGAGCAACUCAGGGAGAGGCAGGAAAUGGAGAAGAAACUUCAGAAACUUGCCAAAACAAUGGAUUAUAUGGAAAGGGCAAAGAGAGAAGAAGAGGCACCUCUGAUUGAGGCUGUGUAUAAACAACGUUUGGUCGGAGAAGAGAUUCUUCAUGAGCGUGAGCAGGAGGUAUGGUUUAAAAUUUUUCAGGUUUGAUGGUGAACACUGUUU